UCAGGGACCAGCUUCCCUCCGCUAAACAUGAACUUACCGCAUCGCCAUAGUAGAAACUGAGCCGAUGUCAGAUCAGCAACAUGAACAAAUUCAUCUGUGCCUAUCGGGACAAGACACGCCCACUGGAAAACACGCCCAACUAGAAGACAAGACACGGGACACGCCCAUCAUGUUGACACGCCUGCGGAGGCUCGGGCGGAGGUUUAGGGCUCCUUUACGUUUCAUUUUUUGGGAGUAAAUAAAUGUUAUUGUUAGUAUAAAAAGGGUUUCACUGCAACUGACCAUCUUCUGGAAUUCGAAUACAGAGAUUCAAGGACUUCUGGCUGUCCUUCUUAGCGCGGGUCAACGUUUUGCCAUCCAGUAUUUUAAAUUCGUUGUAACAUUUGUGCACUUGGGGCGAGUUUGUUCGUCACCACUGUACAAGGACAAAUAUGGAUGUAAAGGCCCGCCUCUCACAGCCAAUCAGGUUGGACAAUACAGCUAUAAAAAGCACAGGAGCAGCAAUUCAGACCCAACAGGGCUCAAAGGAGAGUUUUGGUGAUCACAGAGGAGGACAAGAGCAAGAAUAACAAAAGAUAUCAACUGUGAGAACAGACUUUGCACAGAUUUCUGAAAGAAACUCCAUAUAAGGAAAACAACAGUUUGCGGUCAAGAUGAAGCAGCUGGUGAUGACAUUAUUAAUAGCAUGCUGUUUUGCUGCGUCAUCCACACUGAGACACAAGUUAUGGAGACAGAAUGAGAUUCUCUCAGUAAGUGAUGAAGACUAUGAUGAAUCUGUGGAGUGUGUGACUGAGGGGAGUGAUGGGAGGGAGUAUAGAGGGACUGUCUCAGUAACUGCCAGAGGAAACAGAUGUCUCAGAUGGAGCAGAAUCCGAUCGCUCGAAAGAAUAGUUGCUUCCAGCGGGCUUGGACGCCAUAAUUACUGCAGGAAUCCAGAUAACAGCCUCAUGCCGUGGUGCGGGGUGAAGAGAGGCACCCGAAUCGUUCGGGAAUUCUGUAAUAUUCCACAGUGUGAAGCAAAGCCAACCCAAAGACCAGAAGAACCCGAAGCAUCAUAUCAAGAUACUGAAACUACAUGUGGCGAACAAUCUCUAAACGUAUUGUCUAAGAUCAUAGGAGGAUACAGGUCUCCAAUAGAGUCUCAGCCUUGGGUUGCAUCCAUUUUCAGAAAAAAAAAGAUCUUCCAGUGUGGAGGAACGCUUAUCGCUCCCUGCUGGGUCCUCACUGCGGCUCACUGCUUCUUGUACAGUGAAAGAAAAGAGGACUACACUGUCUAUCUGGGGAGGACUGCCAUUAAUGAGACAGACCCCAGCAAAGAGCAGAAAUUUACAGUGGCCAAACUCGUGAUUCAUGAGGGCUAUGAAAACGAGAAUUAUAACAAUGAUAUAGCUUUGCUGCAGAUAGUGAACAGCAAUGGACAGUGUGCGCAGAGGACAAGAUCGGUGAGGACUGUGUGCCUCCCCCCUGCCAAGCAGAUGAUGCCCUAUGGAGCGGCCUGCAAAAUUGCUGGCUAUGGCACAGUGUCAUUGAGUUCUCAGUUGAUAUAUUCCCAGUACCUGAAGGAGACUUACGUAAAUGCCAUCUCACAGAUUGCUUGUGAGAGAGACUACUACGGGAAAAGUGAGAUUCCGCUCACUGAUAACAUGUUCUGUGCAGCCAGCCCAACCUGGAAAGAAGAUGCUUGUCAGGGAGACUCAGGAGGCCCUCUAGUGUAUGAACAGAAUGGCCGAAUGUUCCUCUUUGGAAUCAUCAGCUGGGGAGAUCAGUGUGCCACUGAAUUGAAACCAGGUGUCUACACAAAAGUCACCAACUAUAACGAGUGGAUCGCAAAGCACACAGGCCUGCACUCCUUCACCACUGGCAUCAUGUACCCACAGAAGGAUUAGCUGUGCUCCUUGCUUUGUAUACACACAAAUGAUGCUUUGCAUCUUAGAAUCUGGCACGCUGGCUUCAGCCUCGGAGAAUACAUGUGCAAAGCAAUGAACGUUGCCAUUAGAACCUCAUGCACUGAUGCCCUUUAAUGACCUUUCUAUAAGUACUUUAGGCAGGUUGAACCAGGCACAUUUAAACAACCCUUUUAGUUUUCAAAAGGAUUGUUUGAUGAGCUGAAAUCAGCUUGGACAAUUUAAAACGAGCAACUGUAUGCUGUAUAGUAGCUGGAUCAUAUAAAAAUGAUAAUGCUGUAUAGUACAUGGUUAAUAUGUUUUGAUUGUAAAGCCAAGUCAUGUUCAAAUGCUGCUGCUUGUGUAGUCUAAGCUAUUUUAUGAAGGGGUUUGUGCAUUCCAUAACAGUUAUGUGAAAUAACUGUUGACAUUCUAAUGAUCUUUUUUUGUACUAUAUACAGUAUUUUAACAAUGAAUCAGUAUUGAACCACAAGGUGUAGCAUUCUCAUUUUUCAAGAGAAUUUUUAAAAUCAUGCACUUCUAAUAUGUAUAUUAUAUUUAUGUUAUUGUAAUAUAUUUAUUCAUAUAUUUUUAAACAGGCUGGAUCCUUUUCUUUGUUUUCAUUUUUUUUUAUGUUGAUGUCCUGUAUUAUUUAAUGCUGAAGUAUUAAUGUGUGUGUGUUUAUUUGAUGCCAUUGAUUCUUUGACAUUGCUGUACC